AAUUUUGAACGAAGGCAGUGGUUUUGUCUUUGAUGUCGCAGGUGGAGCAAAAGCAUGACGAGGAAAGGGCGCGCGAAGGAGAGAAGAGAGAAGCGACUGCAAGAGAUCUCUCAGCUCAGGAAAAUCCCCUAUUCCGACAGUCAGAUAUGGUGGUGCUCAGAAACAGUUGCCGUGGUGACUGGGAGUAACAGAGGAAUUGGGUAUGAAAUUGCACGACAACUUGCUGAACAGGGGCUGACUGUUAUUAUCACAUCAAGAGACAUCACUAAAGGCCAUGAAGCAAUGAAAACCUUACGAGAAAAAGGCUUAAAUGUGUCUUUCCAUCAACUGGACAUUCUUGAUAUUGCAUCAAUCAAACAAUUCGCUGAGUGGAUCUUUAAGACUUACGGUGGUUUAGAUAUUCUGGUAAAUAAUGCAGGCGUUAAUUUUAAUAUGGGGUCCAAUAAUUCUGUUGAGUCUGCUGAGGAAGUUAUUGCAACGAAUUAUUUCGGCACAAGAGGGAUGAUUGAAACCAUGAUCCCUCUGGUGAAACCUUCUGCGUCUGGUGCUCGAAUAGUGAACGUGAGCUCCAGGCUUGGUCGAUUGAAUGGCAGGCGGAAUAGACUGGCAGAUGCAACAUUGAGACAGCAACUCGCUGAAGAAGAAUCUCUCUCCGAAGAACUGAUUGAUGCAACUGUUUGUAAGUUUCUUGAACAAGUAAAAGACGGAAGCUGGACAUCAGGUGGGUGGCCUCAGAUGUUUACUGAUUAUUCAGUAUCAAAGCUGGCUGUUAAUGCUUACACCCGUCUUUUGGCGAAGAAGCUUUCUGAUCGUCCAGAUGGAAACAAGGUCCAUAUCAAUUGCUACUGCCCGGGCUGGGUGAAGACUGCCAUGACGGGGUGGGAUGGGAAUAUUUCAGCUGAGGAAGGUGCGGAUACUGGAGUCUGGGUUGCGUUGCUGCCGGGCCAGCCAGUCACCACAGGAAAGUUUUUCGCUGAGCGACGGGAGAUUAGUUUUUGAAGUGCAGAUGGGAUUUAACUUCAAAAGAGGAGGUAUUAUAUAAUGCUUGAGCCAAAAGCUUGUAAAGUUCAGGCUCUCUGUUUUUACAAGUGGGCCAUGGCUCAGUGAUCCAAAAUGUUGAUAUGAUGGGACUCACCGUGAAUGGGCCAUGCAUGAAAAAAAUUGCCAAGAUUGAGUGAUCUGAACCACAGAAUAUUUGGUCUUUUAUUGGUUGAACACGAGCCCUUGUAUUUUAUUUCUUGACUGUUCCUUUGCUAGACAGCCAUUCAAAGGUUCAAUAUUUUCUGACCGAGAUUUUUUGUGCAUGGACCAUUAACAGUGGGCCCCACAAUAUCAAUGGAUUGGAUCACCGAACAAGGCGCCCCGCUUGUCCAAACCUAAAGCUGGAAAAUACUGUACAACCCCUCAGCCCGGGCCAUUUGUAUCUCUGGAUCUGAAUAACAUAACACUGGGUUGAAUUGAAGGCCUUGAUUAAUGAAGCCUUUCAAAUGAGCCGCUUGAGAAUAUGCACAACAAAAUCAGAUUUUCAGUUUUUUGUACAAGUGGGGCCAUGGUUCAGUGGUGGGCCAUUGAUUUAGUGGAAGGAUCAUGACCUAAAAUAAUUCUCGAGAGGACAGUCAUAUCCGUAAAAUGUAGCUUGCAAAUCGAUGGUUAAGAAGAUACAGGAAAGGCCCACAAUUCGACUGAAGAAUGACCUAAUAAGACUGGCGGACAGAAUCUUCCAGUUUGGGAGAUUUUCAGGGUGUGGUCCAUGUUGGAUUCGACUGUCUAGAUCACUAGACCAAAGGGCAAGCCUUUGUACUCCAUACAUAUCAUCAUCAAGGUUGGUGCUUGUUAGAGUAUUGUUGUUCAUGGUAUCAGGUACAGUUGAAAUCUGCUUGUUGGUAUCAUAGCAUUCUGAUGCAUCUUAGCUGUGGCCUGUGGAGUGAUCUUGACCUUUGAUUUCAUACUAUUUUUAUUUAUAGGUAUAGUUAAAAUCUGCUUGUUGGUAUUAUAGCAUUCUGAUGCAUCUUGGCUGUGGAGUUAUCUUGACCUUUGAUUUCAUAUUAUUUUUAUUUAUAUAUCUUUGUAUGUAGCA